CGCGGGCUGUGGCGGGGUGGGGCUGGGGGCGGCCCCGGUGGGGACCGGGGCAGCUCCGGGGGGUCCCGGUGCCCCCCGCUCUCCUCAUGCAGGGCAUGGGGAGCUUUCGGCUGGGCAGCCGCGCCGUCAUGUACACGGCGGAGACCCUCCCCAAGGGCAAGAACCGCGUCAUGGGGACCAUCCAGAUCAUGACGGGAUUCCUGCACAUCGGCUUCGGGAUCGUCCUGACCACGCUCACCAACGUCUACACCUCCGUCUUUGUCAUCGGGGAGAUCCCCUUCCUGGGCGGCGUGUCGUUCAUCAUCUCCGGCUGCCUCUCCAUCGGCGCCGAGAAGAGCCCCACGGAAUGCGCGGUGAAGGGCAGCCAGACCAUGAACGUCAUCAGUGCCAUCUUCGCGCUGCUGGGGAUCGCGGCCUUUAUCGUGGACCUCAACCUCAACGGGCUCUACCGCCCCAGCUUCAACUACUACAGCUAUCUCGUCAUGCUCGCAGGGAAUGGGAUUUCCAUCGUGUUGCUCAUCUUCACCAUCCUGGAAUUCUGCAUCGCUGUGGCCACCGCCAAUUUCUGGUGCCGGGCCACCCGCCUCAGCUCCAACGAGGCCAUGCUGAUUGUCCCCAGUGCCACCCGUGUGGAUCUGGCCGUGCCGCCGGCAGAGCUGCCUCAGCCUCCCAGCUACACCGAGCUGACUGCUCCCGAAGUCUGACACCGAGGACGUCGGAAUGGGAUCCUGCCUCCGUCGCUCCUAAAUCCCAGGGCUAUGGCCUCCUCCUCCCACUGUGCUGCUGGCUGGGAUGUGCUGGUCCCCCCCAAAAGCCAGGGACACCCCCAAAUUCCCUGCCCCUGGGCCUGGUCUGAGGGGCUCCCCUUGCUGGCUGCUGUGGGAAGGGGCUUCUCCAGGUGGGAGCCUUGGGCGGUUGCUGCCUGUAAAUCCCUGCUGGGAUGCUGGGGUUGGCUCCUGUUGGGGUUCAGGAAUUCCUGGCGGUGGUUUGGAGUGACCCCGAUGUGUGCCGGGAGUCGGGCGGGUCACCGGAGCAUCUACCUCGGCUCGUCCCCUGUUGGCUUCAUUUUAUCUUGGGAAUAAAUGCUCUCUCCGGGCUCGUGUCUCCUGAA